AUGACUUCCCCUGUUGAUCUGGCAGGGCAGCGAACAACUACGAACGAGCUGAAGGAAGACUCCACCCACCGCAAUGUCUUCAUGCAAAUCUCCAACCAAACCACCAUGCAGCCAGACACCAGCAGCACCGAAGAUGAGCUCUUCGUCGAGGAACGCAACGCCGCCGGCGACCAGACCAUCGUCUUCCUCCACGGCGGCCGGUCCUGCCACCUGGAAUGGGACGCCGUGGCCGCGAGCCCCGCGCUCGCGGGCCACCGCCUGCUCCUGGUCGACCUGCCGCGGCACUCGCAGUCGCGCCACAUCGCGCCCAUGACGCUGUCGCAUGCGGCCGACGCCGUCGCCGUCGUGAUCCGCAAGCACUGCCCCAAUUUCGAUGGUAAGGGAGCUCGCGCCCACGUCGUCGGCCUCUCCCUCGGCGGCUUCACGGCCCUGACCCUCGCCGCGCGCCACCCGGACCUCCUACUCAGCUGCUUCACGACGGGUGCCAGCCCAUGGGCGGGCGUAUUCCGGUGGGCGGGCUCGCGGCCGCGGCUCCUGUGGGCCAUGGACAACAUACAAAACGCCAUACCCAAACUUGACGACCUGGUCUACUGGAAGAUGGGGCUGCAGGUCAACGCGGCGCUGCGGGAGGAAAUGCGCCGGAACAAGUCGUGGGAGCUGACGCGUGAGAUGCAUUUGUCUAUUACGAAGGACUUCGGGUGGGAGGUCGUGGGGGACAUGGCGCGGUCCGGGGUCCGGUGCUGUGUCGUGGCGGGCGGGAAGGUCGAUCAGGUCGCGCCGGUAAGGAUGAUGGGCAGGGUGUUUGGGGAGUGGGAGAUGGCGAGGGCGGCGGGCUGUACGGCGCGCGUGGUCUGGGAUGCUGUGCAUCCUUGGAAUCUGCAGCUUCCGGACUUGUUUGCGCGCGGAGUGAGGGCUUGGGUUGAGGGGGGUGAGCUUCCUGUUGAGUUUGAGAAGGUGUAG